GUUUUAAUGAAAUAGCAUUUAAAUAUGUCUUCAUUGGACGCAGACACUGUGCUGCUUAGCAUUCUGUUGCUGGUUGUUAUUGAAAAUGCCCUGGAGAUUUAUAUUUCGCUGCGGCAGGUGAAAGUGUAUCGCACUGCACUGAAGGUGCCCGUAGAACUGACGUCACAUAUGGGCGAGGACACGUUUCACAAGGCGAGGAAAUAUGGUUUGGAUCAGGAGAACUUCGGCAUCUUCAAGGCGGUGGUCAUGGAUGUGGGUCUGCUCUGUCUGGAGCUGUACAUCGGCCUGAUCGCCCUGCUUUGGCAGCUGUCGGUGGAGCUGGUGGAUCGCCUGCAAUGGGACUCGAAGAAUGAGAUCAUCGUCAGCUGCGUCUUUGUCCUGAUCUCAAAUGUGUUGAGCACAUUCAAGGGACUGCCUUUCAAGAUAUACAAGAUAUUCGUGCUGGAGGAGACGCACGGAUUCAACAAGCAGACUGCGCGAUUUUUCGCCUGGGAUCAGCUCAAGGGUUUCCUGGUCACCCAGGUUCUGAUGAUUCCCAUCACCGCGGCCAUUAUUUUCAUUGUCCAGCGCGGCGGCGACAACUUUUUCAUCUGGUUGUGGAUCUUCACCGGUGUAAUAUCACUGGUUCUUCUCACAUUGUAUCCGAUUUUCAUUGCCCCCUUGUUCGACAAGUAUACUCCGCUGGAGAAGGGAGCUUUGAGGCAAUCCAUCGAGGAUCUGGCUGCCUCGCUGAAGUUCCCGCUCACCAAGCUUUUUGUGGUGGAGGGAUCUAAGCGAUCCUCCCAUAGCAAUGCCUACUUCUAUGGUCUCUGGAACUCAAAAAGAAUUGUGCUCUUUGACACGCUGCUGUUGAACAAAGGUAAAUCGGACGACUCUGAACUCUCCGAAGACGAAAAAGGAAAAGGCUGCACCGACGAGGAGGUGCUGGCUGUUUUGGGACACGAGCUGGGCCACUGGAAGCUGGGACACGUCACCAAAAACAUAAUCAUCAUGCAGGUUCAUCUCUUCCUUAUGUUCCUGGUCUUCGGAAAUGUCUUCAAGUAUCCUCCUUUCUACGUGGCCAUGGGAUUCCAGCCAGGCACCCGCCCAAUCCUCGUGGGCUUGCUGAUUGUUUUUACCUAUGUUCUGGCCCCCUACAACGCACUAAUGAACUUCGCGAUGACGAUCUUGUCGCGACGAUUCGAGUACCAGGCCGAUGAGUUCGCUUUUAAGCUGGGAUUCGCUGAGCAGUUGGGUCAGGCACUCAUUAAACUGAACGUGGACAACCUUGGCUUUCCUGUGUACGAUUGGCUGUACUCCACCUGGAAUCACUCACAUCCGACUUUGCUCCAGCGGCUGAAUCGGCUCAAGGAGCUCAAAGAAGAAAAGAAACUGAACUAAGACAGCUGGCAUCAUACAAGACCAAAGUUUACACUGUUCCCUUUUGUUUUAACGUACAAAAAAUAAAGUAAGGGGCUUACCCUAAAAAAAUUUUGAAGACUGUGUAA